AUGUGGGUCGAAUACUGCCAGAUUGCCCGAGCCAAGGCAAGAUUGCGCAUUAUGGCGAGUCACGUUAUUCUCUUGGUUUUCGAGCUUUUACGCGAUAUUUGGCAUGAUCAUGCUCGUCUACUGUGGCGCGAUCCGAAACUUUUCCACACAUACGCGGGAUCCGGUUCGGCUGAAACGCACCCAUACAUUGGAUCUGAGGAUCUGAGUAAUCGUAAUUCGCCGUGUGUGACAGAUCCAAAGCACUUGAUAGUUGCUCGCCUCAAUGUGCUUGUCUUACUCUCCAAACGCGUCUUUCUUCGUCUGGAAGAACAACGUAUUUUUUACGAGCCUGUACUAGGAGCAAUCUACCAAAUAUGCCUUGACCUAUCCUAUGGGCCUGAGGAAUCCAAGGAAAGCCGGUCGGUUACCAGUCCUCACUCUCGACUGGCUCCGCAACGUACCGUAGGUCUGAGGUCCACGCGUUUCCGAGGUGUACGAACUGAUUCACACGAACCUUCACAAUCACCAGCAGUCUCUGAUUCAUCUCAAACCUCAGCUCUGGCCAAGUCUUCAUUUGCGAGCCGUGCGACUCGAAUUCAUCCACGGAUGCGUGCCUCGUGUCUAUCAACUCCCCUUUCUGGCCCUCGCAAUCCCCGAGAUGAUAUUGAUCGUGCUGCAGACACAACUCCUAGUCCACCUGGAUGCUUGACAUCAUCGAGUUUGGUUUCCAGUGUCGGAGAGCGCCAACUAUUCCUUCGUCUUGCCUAUCAUUUAGUUCGAGUUGCCCCACAAUUGUUCCCUUGCAGUCUUGUACAAGCCGUGGCUGCCCCGUGUCUUCGUGCCGGACGAUUCCAGACGGUUGGUGAUUUUGGUACUGGUGGUGCUGAUCUUUUGGGCCAACCCCGUGAUCGAUCACCUGUCCGCGUGGCUUUAAGACCGGUUCUCGGGCCUGCACCCUGCAUACCGCCACGUAACAUCACGACAGGCUACGACCAGAUCUGCACGCAAUCCGAUAGUGGAGCCAAUCCCAUCACAUCAGAUGUGGCAUUACGAACAUGUCUACUCAUUCUGGCUGAGUUGGGUGAGUGA